AUGGCAGAAUGUGCGGUUACAUAUCUUCUAGACAGGCUUACAAUCAUAUGGGAGCAAAAGGUGAGAGAGCUUAAGGGAGUGAAGGAGGGAAUAGAAAACAUUAAAGAUGAAUUGGAACGGAUGACAGCAUUUCUCAGAGUUGCUGAUGCAAUGGAAGAUACUGACAUGGAGCUCAAAGUUUGGGUUAAGCAAGUACGAGACAUCGCAUAUGAUACUGAAGAUGUUCUUGACAAAUUUAUAUUCUUCCACUUGACACGAAGUAGUCAGGAUUCCAUGGCCAAUGUUUAUGUUUAUAAGUUAUUCGGCUGGAUUUCGAAAUUAAGGUUCAAUAAUGGGAUUGCUUCUGAUAUUGAGGACAUUAGAUAUCGGGUGAGGGGCAUAGCAGAACGACAUCAGAGAUAUCGAUACAAGUUCAAUAAUACCUUAAAUCAGCAAGGCAUGAAUCCAGUUGCUGUCAACAGCCUGGCAUAUGAUCGGAGAGGAGAUGCGCUUUUAAUGGAAGAAUCUGAGCUUGUAGGCAUCAAGAGCCGGAAAAACGUGCUGAUGGGAUUGCUCGUGGAGGGUGGUUCGAGAUUCGGUGUGAUUUCAGUGGCUGGAAUGGGAGGUUUGGGGAAAACAACCCUUGUAAAGAAAGUUUACGACGAUCCAGCAGUGAAGAGGAACUUCCAAAGCCACGCUUGGAUAACCGUCUCUCAGUUAUUCAAGAUCGACGAGCUCCUCAAGGACACAAUAAAGCAACUCUUUGAGGAAAUCAAGCAAGCAGUCCCUCAAGGAAUCAACACUAUGAACAGUAAUCAGCUGAAGGAAGUCAUUAAACAGUUCUUGCAGGGAAGGAGGUAUGUACUUGUGUUUGAUGAUGUCUGGAGCAUUCAAGCGUGGAAUGCCGUUAAAUAUAUGUUGCCUAACAACUCUUAUGGAAGUCGUGUCAUUAUAACAACGCGUCUUACUUCCGUAGCUUCCCAUGCUAGUAUGGGAACUGUUGGGAAUGUAUAUAUGUUGAAUCCCCUUAGUCAAGAGGAAUCAUGGACUCUGUUUUGUCGAAAGACAUUUCGAUUGAGCUCGUGCCCUCCAUAUUUGAUGGAAAUUUCGCACAAAAUCUUAAAGAGGUGUGCGGGCCUGCCGCUUGCUAUCAUGUCUAUCAGUGGGGUUUUGGCUACGAAGAGCAACAGAUAUGAUGAUUGGGUGAUGCUUAAUAACAGUCUUGGAGCAGAAUUGGAAGACAACGACACGCUAGAGAGUUUGAGACUGAUCUUGUUGCUUAGCUUCAACGAUUUGCCUUAUUAUCUAAAAUCUUGUUUCUUAUACUUAAGCAUAUAUCCAGAGGAUCAUUUGAUAGUCCAGAAUUCCUUGAUUCGGCAGUGGAUAAUGGAAGGUUUUGUGAAACCUAAAGAAGGAAGAACGCUGGAAGAAGUUGCAGAAGGCUACCUAAAUGAGCUUGUCAAUAGAAACAUGAUCCUCAUUGUGAGGUAUAACGACGAUGGAAGUGUAAAACAUUGCCGCAUCCACGACUUUCUCCGGGAGAUGCUUGUAUCGAAAUCAAGAGACCAAAGUUUCGUGAUGACAGCAAACGAGCAAACCAGAGAUUGGAUCCACAAACUUCGUCGCUUAUCAAUCCAUGGUUCUUGGGCUAAAACUCAACCUCAAAGGUGUGGUGCUCAACUUCGUUCUUUACUUGCAUUCAGUGCUACUGACUCGGAAUCCAUGUCGUCAAUGCAUGAACUGCUCAAUGGCUCUAGAAUGCUCAAAGUUUUGGAUAUGUCAGGAUCCCCUUUAGAAUCAUUCCCAAAGCCAAUCACCAAACUCCUUCAUUUGAAGUAUCUAAGGUUGAGACAUACAAAGAUUAAAUCACUUCCAAGAUCAAUCAGAAAUCUCCGAAUGCUAGAGACGUUAGAUCUUAAGCACUCUCUCGUCACAGAGAUACCCAGAGAGAUCUUAGAACUUCAAAAUCUGAGGCAUAUCAUUGUAUAUCAUUCUGUAGAAUACUCGUACCUUCCUUUCGAUUUUACACUAGGUUUCAAGCCACCAAAGGGAAUGGGAGCUCUAACAUCCUUGCACCAACUCUCAUUUGUUGAUGUGUCCCCUGGCACUGGCAUAUUAGAAGAGCUAGGGAAGAUGAAGGAACUGAGAAGGCUUUGCAUACUCAAAUUGAGAACAGAUGAUGGAAUGGCCCUCUGUUCAUCCAUCGAAAACCUCCAAAAUCUUCGCACAUUAAACAUAUCUACAACAGCAGAGGAUGAGAUUCUUGAUCUGCAUCAAAUGUCUUCUCCCCCUUUGUCCAUGCAGCGGCUCUAUUUAACGGGGCGUUUGGAAAAAUUUCCACACUGGAUACAAUCUCUCAGAAGCUUGGUUAAAGUUUAUUUCAGGUGGAGUCGGUUAAGGGAAGACCCACUCGAGUAUCUCCAAGACUUGCCAAACUUAGUCCAUCUCGAGUUUCUUGUGGGCUAUGUUGGAGAGGAACUGCGUUUCAAGGCAGGAAAGUUUCAAAGGCUUAGACUGUUAGAUCUGGACAAGUUGGAACCUCUUAGAGAGGUAAUAGUUGAGGAUGGAGCAAUGCCUCAUCUGGAAAAGUUAAUUCUUCAGCGAUGCAACUUUCUAGAAAGCGCUCCAACUGGAAUUGAACACCUUAUCAAUAUGAAAGUUCUUGAAUUUUUCGAUAUGCCAGAUGAAUUUAUUCUGAAGCUGCAUGGAGAAUACCAUAAAAUUGCACACAUUCCUCAAGUAUAUCACACUUAUUGGAGGGAUGGUGUCUGGGAAUCCUAUCCAUUGGAUGACAACCAAGAAAAGGAGAACUUUGGUAGGCCAAGAACUGCAAUUAGGACCUACAAUCAGCGUAAUUCACUGUAA